AUGAGAAACCCAACAGUCCUUUCGUGGGCGUCCCAAGUCAUCUGGCAGGCGCGCGUAUAUCUCAGCGAACUAUGGAAGCUGACCGGCGUCGUCAACGCGAGCAAGGGUUCCCAGCAUACAGUCCGACUGUCGGCUCGCGCCCCCCAUGACCUCCGAUGGCACUACGAUACGCUCGUUCAGUGGUCUAGGGUUUGUUUGCUAUCGGAGCAGGAAUGGGAAACGCAAGAGCUCUUUGGCAUUGCCUCUGACUCUGGCGAAAUUGGUCUCGGUGUUACUUGCAAGGACUUUUUCAUCGUCGGUCGCUGGUGUCCCGGGUGCUAUCACGCUGCCGGAUCUUCAUCAGCCCUGUUUGAAAUGGCAACCAUCGCGAUCGGACUCGAGACCUUUGGUCCCUACUUGUCGGGCAAGAGAGUAAUCUCGGUCAUGGACAACGAGGGAACGCCACCGCUUUUGCCAACGGCCGCGCUCGCUCAACAUCUCUUUGCGAGCUCAUAUGGAAUAUCUACAUGGCGAGUCGACCUCCGCAAGCAGCGGUUGUGCUCAACAUGGGCCGCGUGCCCAGGCGGUCAACACCCAGCGGAGAUGGGCUUGCCGGGCUUGAGCUGGAAGGAGGUGGGCGUUGGCCAGGGGGGUGAGGGGGCUGCCGUCCGCUGCGAGCGCUUGACGUUUCGUGUGAGAGGAGGAGAGUGUGGUCUUGGAGAUGCGGCGAUCAGCAGUGUGGACAAGCCACGACUGUGCCUAACCCUAACACUACCUACCUUUGUGUAA